CAGGGAAAGCGUACAAAAGAGAAGUAAAAUUUUCACAAAGUUGACAGUUCCUCCCAUUCUAGAUCACACUGACACUUGCAUAGAAAAUGUAUCGACUACGACGUCGCAGGGCCGGACCUGAUGCCAUGCCGAUCAUACUACCGCCGAAUCAACCCACCGCAGGCUACACCUCGAUCGAAUUCGUUAGCGCCGUCAUGUCGCUGGACUAUCAACCCAAAAUCGACCUACAACAAUUAGAAAGCGCGGAAAGAGAGCGUAUCGGUCAAGGUGGCUCUUUUCGAGUCGAAAAGGCAUUUAUAGAUGGGGAUCAACGGCAGCUUCCACUGGCUGUUGUUAUCAAACAUCCCUUGCACAAGCCGAAUGGUGCUACCCACAACCUCAACUGGAAUGAUAUUCUACUGGAGAUUCAAGCACUUUUGCAUCCUCCAAUCGCCGCUUGUCGAAAUGUUGUCGACUUGUUGGCAAUUGGAUGGGAAGCAGAAACCGCGGAACACAUACAACCCAUGCUGGUAAUGCCGUAUGCCACAUUUGGAACCCUCGACGCUUACAUCCGUAAUCAUGACCCCACCGUUAGUUCGAAAAUUGCCAUGUCUUUUGAUGUCGCCAGUGCAUUGGACGUGCUACAUAAAUGUGGGAUAGUCCAUGGCGACCUGAAGAGCGAAAACGUUCUCGUCUUCUUUGAGGAUCAACGACCAAUAGCCAAGCUCAGCGACUUUGGCUGCUCUGUUAUCAAUCCGCAGUCCUUCCGAAAAAUCGCUGCGGGUACGCCGCCGUGGAACUGUCCGGAAUGGCGGGAUGUAAUUGCCAAAGAAAACCUACCGCAGACCGACGUCUACUCUUUUGGCUUGUUGUUUUGGCGUGUUCUGUCGAAAGGGCCAAAUCCCUUCCGGAGCCUCGAGUCAUUUUCCGAAGGAUCUGAACUUACAGAGACCUUGGUGGAGAAACUGAAAAGCUCAAAAGAUGACAAGUUCUUAGAAGAAGCUAAUAAGAGCUUGCAAACAGACGAUCCUCUGUCGAAACGAUUUCAACUAUUAGAGGAGAUUUUAGGCAACUCCAUCCGGCACGAUCCGAGUAAAAGAAACCUACAUAGGUGUCUAAGGAGCCUCAAAGUCAUUUUGAACCUCGAGUCACCCAGUGCCAUCUCGCAAUGCGGCAGGGAAUCUAUUGAAGGAGAGGUUGAUGUGAAGCCGUACUUAUUCGAGCUAGAGGAAAAAGUGGAUAUACAGGCAGUGUCCAGGCUGCCAUGGACUCUUCAACAGAGACUGUUCAAACACCACUUGGCGGUCUCGAAUGCCCCAGAAAACCAAUUGAAUACGAAACAAAGAAUGGCCUCUUCCCGGUGGCUUUUCUUGUACUAUCUACUUGGCAUCGGGAUGGACGAGAACGAUGAACUAGCCUGUCAUCACCUGUUGACCGCUGCGAGGUGUGGCGAUCCUGUAGCAAAGUCUCUAUCCUACCGGGCGAUUAUAGCACUGCGCACCUCUUCCACCUUCGAGUCUGUAGAUCUUGUCACGAUUGGUCAAUGGCUCGGGAGAAAUCUCGAACUUGGAUACUGGGGUGCUAAAGAGGAUUUCGCCCAUCUCUACGCAUCGAAUGAGAAUCAAGCGGAAAGGAUUUUGAAGUGGUUUGGUAUUGCCCUAGAUCGUCUAUGUUGCUAUAUGGCAGGGGUUGGCAAAGAGUACUUUUUGGACGCUCAGGGAAACCGCUUGAAUCCAUUUGGCAUAGAGAGUCAGGCCGACUUUGAAAGGAGGGUCCGGGAAAAGCAACGGGAAGGAGAGUUCGAUGUAAAUGCUUUCUCUGUCAACUCGCGAGGAGAUGGGCUCUUGCAUCUAGCGGCCACUUGCGGCUUCGAAGAUGCAACCACUUUCUUGAUCCAGCACUUUGGUCAAGUUCUUGACAUCAAUGUCACGAACUACAAUGGGGAGACUUCCCUGCUCUCCGCGUCGCGCGCGGGGCAGUCGAAUACCGUUCUCAUCCUGUUGAAGAAUGGAGCCGAUUUGCGACCUAGCAACACGGGGGAAUCGCCUCUGCACUGGCUUGGCGCAUUCAAGACUGGUUUCUCGGAAUUGGGUUCGCUCAUGCUGCUUAGCACAGCCAAAGAGGGCGGAAGCGAACACGAGGCCAAAAUGUGCCACCUUCACCAGAAGGCUUCCGGGACCGCGUACUCGGAAUAUUGGAGUUCGAGGCUUCCGGGUGGAACUCCGCUUCACCGUGCCGUCCAUUUCAAAAUCCCAGCGGUAGUUGAGACACUUCUUCGGCUCGGCGCAGAUCCUCACGAGCCUGGGGUAGAAAAAAAUCCAGAGUCGGCUCUUCAGCUGGCAUGUAUUCGCCAUUAUGCUGAUAUUGUCGAAAUUCUCCUAGACUACAUGAACAUUUCCGACGUGGGACAGCUCGAGAGUAUCCCUCUCCUACACACAGCUCUUUCCAGAAACAGCAAAAUCGUGUCUCUCGUUGACUCCGGUGUCAGAUCAAUCGGCUCAGAGGACCUUAGGUCUACCGUUGAUGUUCUGAUCCGUCGGAAGGCCAACCCAGGACCUCUGAGCUACGUUUUAGAUGGAAAAUCCACAAGGAUAACCGCUCUGUUCCAAGCCGUGGAAUCAGACUCACUACGUUGCGUUGAACUUGCAUUAUCCAAAUCGCUUUUGACAUCCAAAACAUUUCUCAACAUGCCAUGCGGAAUUCCGGCGCGGACUCCCUUGAACGUCGCGGUUGAAAACGGUUCCCUCGAAAUUGUGGAGGCGCUGUUAGAGGCUGGUGCCGAUCCGACGAAUCCAAUAGGGGAGAACAACACAUCUGCCGAAAUCUCUGUCCUACAUUCCUGCGCCCUCGCGGAUUUCUCCGUGAAACCGGACACUCUUCUGCGGAUCUUCAACUUGUUGGCUCCUCGGUUCAAGAGCGUAGAUCUCCAGGCAGCCAACUACGAAGGACUCACGGACGUAUUGGAAUCUCCUUUCGUUCUCGCCGUACGACUUGGAAGAUUCGAUCUUGCAAGCUCUUUGCUCUGUCGUGGUGCUGACAUUGACUUUCUAUUCGCGAAGACGGUCAGUGAGUCAAACGAGAGUGGAAACACUAACUUGAAGUCCUUCGAUUUGAUGACUAGAGACCACGAUGGCCACCACAACUAUUCGCAGAUCACCAUUCUCGGGGCCUUACUGACCAUUCCGAGCCCGAGUACUAAUUCCAUAACCAAGUUCCUUCUAGGAUACGAUGAUGAAGGAAGAAAGAAGAAGGACUGGCAGCACAAGCUGCCGAGUGUAGUUGUAAGCAAACAUACCAACUGGACUAUUUGGCAUGCCGUUGCGUAUAGAAGGACAAGAGUGCCUCUAUACGACAUGGAGCACGUGAAGGAAUUGACACGGCUUUUAAGCGAAAAUUACCAGCAUCUGGGCAAGGAAUUCCUGAACAAGAGAUGCGGAAAUGGCUCCCCUAGUGACUCGAAAAAGACUGCUCUGCAUGUGGCUGUGGAGUGCACGAAUCCGGAAGUGGUUGCUGCUCUGUUGCGGCUUGGGGCGGAUCGCGAGGCUACGGACUCGGACGGAUAUCGUCCAAUCGACUAUGCGAGCAGUAUUCUGCAAGAGGAAAUAGACAUUGAGGAGGAGUUGGGUUGGGAUGAAGUUGCCACAAGGAGGGAGAUUCAGCGGCGUAAGGAUAUUUACAUUAUGCUUGGGGGAGAUAUGAGCGUUUUUGAGUGUAGCGAUGGUGAAGACUUGGAAUCGAAUAUCCAAGUUGUGCUGGAAAUUGAUCCCAGCCGCGAGGAUCCCACGACACAGGCCUGUGUCGUGCCGGAUUCGGUUAGCAGGCCCUAACGCUAAGUGAAAUUAGGUACGAAACUAACCGCGAGUCGCCAUACGCGUUACAUUUUAAACAAGUGACUGCACUCUAAAGUUUUGUAUGCAAAAGUAG